UAGUUUUUAUGAAUAAAUAUAUUAGCACUGAUUUAAUUUAUAAAGCACAUUUGUAUUUUAGAUAAAUAGAAAUACUAUUAGGAGAACCUCUUCACUGCAAUGUAUCCAGACAGAUGUUGAGCCAGAAUUGAAUUUUUCAAGUGUGAAUAAGAAAAUCUGUGGGCUCUGCUAUUUGAAUCUUGGUAGAGGAAUUUCUCAUGAUUGUUGCAAAAGUAAAGCUGUUAACAAUAUAAUUGAUAUUAGUGAAUCGCUUGGAUAUAAAGGUGCAGAGCAUGUAGCUUCUGGAUUGUUAAAACGUAAAAUGGAACGUGAAAACAUUGUAAGUGGAGAGCAGUUCGUGUUGUCUACUGGUGGAAAUCUUCUCUCUGUUACAGUUGGAGUAAAUGAAAAUAAGUUGAAAAGAAAGAAAGUAAAUCAAGUUUCAUUCCAAACUAUUAUGGAGUUAUCAAAUGUAUUAGAACUCUCUAAGAACAAAACUAAAAAACUGUGUUCUACUUUACGCAGUAAUCUAACUGGUGUAGAAUCAAACAUUAAUAUUAAAAUGACUGAAUUACAGGAUACUCUAGAAACUUUAUAUGAAUGUAAAACUGAAGAAUUCCUUGACGGUGAUGAAAUAGUUGUUAGAGAUAUAGUUUAUGUCAAGAAUACAACUGAGUUUAUCAAACUUAUAAUUGAUGAAAGAGGUAUUGAUACCCCUAAUGCAAUAGCAAGAAUAUCUAUAGAUGGUGGUCAAAACUUCCUUAAAGUUAUUAUUAAUGUUUUUGAUCCAAAAAAUCAUUAUUCUUCAUCUGAAAUGUAUGAAGAUUCUGGUGUGAAACGUUGUUUUAUCCUUGCGAUUGUGGAGAUGGUUUCAGAGGAUAAUGGCAAUCUCCAAAAAUUAUUGGAACCUUUGAAACUCGAAGCAGUAGAUUUCAGUUUAGCAUUUGAUUUAAAAUGUGCAAACAGUGUUUUUGGACUUUAAAGUCAUUCUGGCAAAUAUGAUUGUCUUUAUUGUGAAGGAGAAUGCUCCCUCAAAGCAGGGAAACUAAGAACAUUGGGUUCCAUAGACUUAUGUUAUGAUCAAUAUGUAUGUGAAGGAAAAAAAAGACUAAAAAUGCAGGAUUACAAAAAUGUUAUAAAUCCUCAUUUAAUAUACUUA